UUUAUAAAUUUCAAUAAAUCCUAGUAGGUGGCGUCGCGAUUUUAACUAUACGUCCACAAAAGUUUCAUGCAAAAAUAUAAUAUAAUUAGAGAAUUAGAAAUUUAUAACAAAACUGCAGACUUAUAAAAAAGCAUGACCCAUUCAAAGAAAAUCAGUACAUGGUGCGUGUCAUCCUUUGAUUGUGAAAUCACAAACAAGCCCGUUGCAAAGCGUACUGUAAAACAAGAGCCAGAUAACAAUCCCCUGGACAGAUCUUUUGCAGAGCCUAACUUCAAGAGAAGGAGACAGGAAACUAGCUUAUCAAAAUUGCUCGAGGCUUGUGAGCCGCAAAAGUCCUCCGAAUUAGCGGUCAGCAGGCAGAAGCAGAAUGAGAUCUCCGAUUGGCUUCAGUACAGAGCAUCGAAGGGGCGACCUUCCAUGCUAGUCCUGUCCGGCCCUUCUGGUUGUGGUAAAACUGCAGCCAUGAAGCUGCUUGCCAAGGAAAAUAAAUUUGAUGUUAUAGAAUGGAUCACUCCGAUCGAUGCAGCCGAAGAUGAAAACAAACGCGUGAUGCGGCAAGGGGAGAGGUUUCGGGACCAUUUAAUUCGUGCGACACGCUACCACACGGUUCUCGGUAGUUGCAGCAAACAGUUGCUUCUUGUCAAGGAUCUUCCCAAUGUCUAUCAAGAGGAUCACAAAGGCUUCUUUGAGCUCCUGGAAAUGUAUUUCCAAAUAGGAAGGGAACCCGUAAUAUUCGUUUUCACGGAGACGAGCAACUCGAGGUUGCUGCAAACUUUGUUCGCCCCCACUGUAAGGGAAAAGUUUGGUAUAGAUCUCAUCAAUGUAAACGCGACCACACAGACUGCCAUGAAGAACGUCCUGAGGCGAGUGUGCGGUGUACUAAAUUCCAUCGCUGGUGAUAUGCUGCACGUCUCUCAACAACACAUUGACGAGAUAUUGUCCAACAACAUCGGCGACGUGCGUAGCGCCGUCUUGAAUCUCAUUUUCACCUCGCUCAAAGUACCCGAUCGACAUCUGAAGAGCGAGUGCGGUCUACGGGAGGAAACCCUGGGCCUGUUACACGGCGUUGGAAGGGUCAUUAAUCCAAAAAAGGAACAAAAGGGUGAUUCCCACAAGUUUGUGCAUGAUCCUGAAGAAAUAGCGGGAUUCUUCCAGUCUCUAUCGGUGGUGUUCAUUCAGUUUCUCCAAGAAAAUUAUUUGAGCACUAUGAGGACCAUAGAAGAAGCCGCAGUAGCGUCCGAUAUCUUGAGCUUGGCCAAUGUUCUAAACUCGGAAUGGCGCGAUAGCAAUUUAAAUAAAGUUGCGCUGUCGUACUGCAUUCGGGGCUUAAUGGUGUCUAAUGAGAGAUCUGUAACUAGCUGGAAUCCAAUUAGAAAACCGCGAGAUAAUCAUAGUAACAUACGACGAUGCCUGAUGACAGCGGAAACACGAUGGUACGAAUCAAUCAUUAAACCUACUUUGAAGGAAACGAGCAAAGUAUUGGAUGCAGAUGUAGAAAUGAUUAUUGAAGAAACUUAACUUGGUAGAAGCACAUAUAUAUUUUCACAUUGUAUUACAUACAUAAAAUAUUAAUUUUGUUUUUAUAAUUGUA